UUGAUCCCGUGAUCCCCCCUAAUUGUCGGAGACAUGACAUUAUUCUCAACUGUGAUGGGACUUUUAAAAAGGGCAAGGCCGCUAUUGGUGUUGUUGUCAGGUAUUCGAACGGUUGCAUUGUGGACGGGUUUGGUGCAAAGGUUUUGGCUUCCUCAAGCAAAAGCUUUUGCGGUGAGGGAAGCAUGCCCACUUGCUACUGCAACAUAGUUAAAGAAUUCUUGUGUUGA